UUAGGCGGCGGCCCGGCGUCUCGAAGCGAUCCGGGAGCUCGUGUAGUCGUGUGCUCCACACUGCCAUAGGGAUAAGCCCGCGAAGCCAUGGUCGCGCCACCAUCGCCGCGGAUCCUGCCGCGGGCGUCCCACUCCCAGCCGGCCGCCGUCGGCCUCGCGUCCGACCGCGCCGCCGCCACCGUCUCCUCCGGCCGCCGCCGCCGCAACUUCGUCUUCGUCGUCAACCCCUCCGGCUCCAAUGGGCGCACGGGCAAGCAGUGGAAGCAGCUGCUCCCCCACCUCCGCACCCGCUUUGCCGACCAAUGCGACAUUUGUGAGUGCAUCACUUCGGCGCCGUUCGACGCCAUAGAUAUCACGAGGGAGGCUAUAAAGGAUGGGGCUGAUGCUGUGAUUGCUGUGGGUGGCGAUGGAACACUCCAUGAGGUCGUGAAUGGAUUCUUCUGUAAGGGGAGCCCUGUCCGUGCUCUUGAUCAAGGACCUGACCAUUCAACAGCGCUUGGUCUCAUUCCACUUGGAACCGGUUCAGACUUCGCGAGGACAUUCGACUGGACAGAUGAUCCUCAUCAGGCGAUUGAUCGAAUUGUGAGAGGAGUCAAAUCAAAACUAGACAUAGGCAUAAUGGAAGGGCUAGAUGGAAACCCACAUUAUUUUGUUAAUGUUGCUGAUAUCCAUUUGAGUGCAAAGGCGGGCUAUUUCUCUUCUAUGUACAAAAGAUUUGGCAAUUUAUGCUACGUUUUUGGAGCUCUCAGAGCCUUUUGGGGACAUGGUAAUCGAGAUCUUAGAAUAAAGGUAAAUGGUGGAGAAUGGAAAACUAUUCAUAAAGUCACUGCACUGUGCAUAGGAAAUGCCAAAUACUUUGGUGGUGGUAUGAAGAUCACUCCAACAGCUGAUCCUUUUGGGGGUGACCUUGAGGUCGUUAUUCUUCAAGAUUUCAAAUGGUACGAUUUCCUCCUUAAGCUUCAUAGGCUGUAUGGAGGAACUCAUCUAUCAGUGACUGGCGUGACAUCGAUAAGAGUCCACUCAAUUGAAGUAGCAGAGAAGGAAGUCAGUGCUGAUAUCUUUGUGCAGUCUGAUGGGGAGCAUUUUGGUUUUCUUCCAACCAAAUUUUCAAUUCUUCCUGGUGCAGUCGAUUUCUUCUGCUAGAUUAGUACACUCAUUCUUCCUGUCGGAUGCAUAGGUUUCAUAAUCUUUAUCAAAGUCACUGCGUGUACUUAGAACUAUCUCUAUUAUUUUGAAAUGAUAAGGUUUUUGAGUUGUUACAUUCAUUUUCUGGCAUUACAUGGGAUAAGCUCUGUUCCGUCACCCACCAUUAGUAUGCAGUAUAAUGUGGAAUAUGUGCUAUCCAGUCUAACCGCAAAAGUUUGGUGGUGAGUGGUGGCCGGCGUAUUAUGAAUAAAGGUGUAAUUGGGUUAGCCCGCAAACCCACUUAUAGGUCAAUUAGAUGGGUAACUCACCGAAUUACCCACUUAAUUAGUCUAUAAGCGGGUUGGCGGGCCGGCACACUUACACUAAUUAUGAUCUGUUCGAACUAUACUGGGCUACCUACAAAUUGGUGUCAAUGUAAAUCACAGUGACUUUUUAGGCUUGUACCAUGUGUAAUAAUACCUUUGCCUGUUGUCCAGCAACAAGGACACAGUUAGCUGCAGUUUCAAUACAAAAUUAAUUUACCU